UGGGAGGUAACCAAGCCCCCUUCUCUUCUUGCCUCAGGGACUGGAAUUGACAUCCCUGUCCUGCUCCUCCUGAUUGAUGGUGAUGAGAAGAUGUUGAUGCAAAUAGAGAAUGCCACCCAGGCUCAGCUCCCCUGUCUCCUGGUGGCUGGCUCUGGAGGGGCUGCAGACUGCCUGGCGGAGACCUUGGGAGACACUCUGGCCCCUGGGAGUGGGGGAGCCAGGCAAGGUGAAAUCCAAGAUCGAAUCCGGCGUUUCUUUCCCAAAGGGGACCCUGAGGUCCUGCAGGCCCAGGUGGAGAGGAUUAUGACCCGGAAGGAGCUCCUGACAGUCUACUCUUCUCAGGAUGGGGCUGAAGAAUUCGAGACCAUAGUUUUGAAGGCCCUCGUGAAGGCCUGUGGAAGCUCAGAGGCCUCAGCUUACCUGGAUGAGCUGCGUUUGGCUGUGGCUUGGAACCGCGUGGACAUUGCCCAGAGUGAACUCUUUCGGGGGGACAUCCAGUGGCGGUCCUUCCAUCUCGAGGCCUCCCUCAUGGACGCCCUGCUGAAUGACCGGCCCGAGUUCGUGCGCUUGCUCAUCUCCCACGGCCUCAGCCUGGGCCACUUCCUGACCCCGACGCGCCUGGCCCAACUCUAUAGUGCGGUGCCCCCCAACUCGCUCAUCCACAGCCUUUUGGACCAGGCGUCCCACGGUGCAGGCACCAAAGCCCCAGCCCUAAAAGGGGAAGCUGCGGAGCUCCAGCUCCCUGAUGUGGGACAUGUGCUGAGGAUACUUCUGGGGAAGAUGUGUGCACCGAGCUACCCCACCGGGGGCACCUCGGAACCUCACCCAGGCCAGGGCUUCGAGGAGAGUAUGUGUCUACUCCUGGACAAGGCCCCCUCAAGGCCCUCGUUGGACGCUGGCCUUGGGCAGGCCCCCUGGAGUGACCUGCUCCUUUGGGCUCUGCUGCUGAACAGGGCACAGAUGGCCAUGUACUUCUGGGAGAAGGGCUCCAAUGCAGUUUCCUCAGCUCUUGGGGCCUGUUUGCUGCUCCGGGUGAUGGCACGCCUGGAGCCUGAUGCUGAGGAGGCAGCACGGAGGAAAGAUCUGGCAACCAAGUUUGAGGGGAUGGGUGUUGACCUCUAUGGUGAGUGCUAUCGCAGCAGUGAGGUAAGGGCUGCCCGCCUCCUCCUCCGUCGCUGCCGGCUCUGGGGUAAUGCCACUUGCCUCCAGCUGGCCAUGCAAGCUGAUGCCCGUGCCUUCCUCGCCCAGGAUGGAGUACAGUCUCUGCUGACACAGAAGUGGUGGGGACACAUGGCCAGCACCACACCCAUCUGGGCCCUGGUUCUCGCCUUCUUUUGUCCCCCACUCAUCUACACCCACCUCAUCACCUUCAGGAAAUCAGAAGAGGAGCCCACACGGGGGGAUCUGGAGUUUGACAUGGAUAGUGCUGCUAAUGGGGAAGGGCCUGUCGGGCCGGGGGAUCCCGCGGAGAGGAUGUCGCAGGGGGUCACACGCCAGCCGGGCCGCCGGGGCUGCUGCAGGGGCUGCUGCGUGGGGCACGGGUACCUGCGCCGCUGGGCGCACUUCUGGGGCGCGCCGGUGACAGUCUUCAUGGGCAACGUGGUCAGCUACCUGCUGUUCCUGCUGCUGUUCGCGCGGGUGCUGCUCGUGGACUUCCAGCCCUCGCCGCCCGGCGGCCUGGAGCUGCUGCUCUACUUCUGGGCUUUCACGCUGCUGUGCGAGGAGCUGCGCCAGGGCCUGAGCGGGGGCUGGGGCAGCCUGGCCAGUGGGGGCCCCGGGCCUGGUCAUGCCUCACUGCGCCAGCGCCUGCAGCUCUACCUGGCCGACAGCUGGAACCAGUGCGACCUAGUGGCCCUCACCUGCUUCCUCCUGGGCGUGGGCUGCCGGCUGACCCCAGGUUUGUACGACCUGGGCCGUGCUGUCCUCUGCCUCGACUUCAUGGUUUUCACGGUGCGGCUGCUGCACAUCUUCACGGUCAACAAACAGCUGGGGCCCAAGAUCGUCAUCGUGAACAAGAUGGUGAAGGACGUGUUCUUCUUCCUCUUCUUCCUCGGCGUGUGGUUAGUGGCCUAUGGCGUGGCCACGGAGGGGCUCCUAAGGCCCCAGGACAGUGACCUCCCAAGUAUUCUGCGCCGUGUCUUCUACCGUCCCUACCUGCAGAUCUUCGGGCAGAUCACCCAGGAGGACAUGGACGUGGCCCUCAUGACGCACAGCAACUGCUCGUCAGAGCCCGGCUUCUGGGCACAGCCUCCCAGGACCCAGGCGGGCACCUGCGUCUCCCAGUAUGCCAACUGGCUGGUGGUGCUGCUCCUUGUCAUCUUCCUGCUUGUGGCCAACAUCCUGCUGGUCAACCUGCUCAUCGCCAUGUUCAGCUACACGUUCGGCAAAGUACAGGGAAACAGCGACCUCUACUGGAAGUCGCAACGCUACCGCCUCAUCCGGGAAUUCCACUCUCGGCCCGCGCUGGCCCCGCCCCUUAUCAUCAUCUCCCACUUGCGUCUCCUGCUCAGGAAAUUGUGCCGGCGCUCCCGGAGCUCCCUGCCGCCCUCCCCGAUCAUCGAGUAUUUCCGAGUCUGCCUUUCUUCGGAAGCGGAGCGGAAGCUGCUGACUUGGGAAUCGGUGCAAAAGGAGAACUUCCUGCUGGCACGCGCUCGGGACAAGCGGGACAGCGACUCUGAGCGUCUGAAGCGCACUUCGCAGAAGGUGGACAGUGCGCUGAAACAGCUGGGACACAUCCGCGAGUACGAACAGCGCCUGAAAGUGCUGGAGCGGGAGGUCCAGCACUGUAGCCGCGUCCUGGGGUGGGUGGCCGAGGCCCUGAGCCGCUCUGCCUUGCUGCCCCCAGGAGGGCCGCCACCCCCCGAUCUGCCUGGGCCCAAAGACUGAGCCCUGCUGGCGGACUUCAAGGAGAAGCCCGCUCUAGGGUUUUGCUCCUAGAGUAAGGCUCAUCUGGGCCUCGGCCCCCGCACCUGGUAGCCUUGUCCUUGAGGUGAGCCCCGUGCCCAUUUGGGCCGCUGUCGGGACCACCUUUGGGAGUGACAUCCGUACCAACCACAGCAUGCGGCUCCUCCCAGAACCAGCCGCAGCCUGGGAGGAGGAAGUCCUGGAGCCCCAGCUGUAGUCCAGGGACAGGCUGGAGGGUCCUUGGGGUAACAGGGACCACAGACCCCACUCGCAGAUUCCUCACACUGGGGAAAUAAAGCCAUUUGACAGGAAUCGUG